AGAACAGGAUUAUUUGAUAUUCUCCUUAUAUAUAAAAGUCGUAUUUAAAAGCAGAGCACAAAGUACUACUCUCUCUAGACUGUAAUGGGCUGUGUUUGCAACAAGCAACGCCCACAAAUAUUUGAAGAUCCAUCUCUUCUCUCCUCUCAAACUAGAUUUACCGCAAAAGAGAUCAAGAAAUUGAAUGAGCUAUUCAGAAAACUUGGCAGCACCUUAGUCGACGAUGGCUUCCUCAAUAGAGAAGAGUUUAAACUCGGAUUGUUUCAGGACAGCAAGCAGCAGUCUGUUGUAGCAGAUAGGUUGUUUGAUAUGUUCGACUCGAAGCACGACGGCGUGAUAGAUUUCGGAGAGUUCAUCAGAUCUUUGAGCAUAUUCCAUCCCGACACGCCUCAAGAAGACAAAGCUGUCUUUGCAUUCCAUUUGUACGACAUAUGGCAGACUGGUUACAUUGAAAAAGAAGAGGUUAAGGAGAUGAUCUUGGAGUUGCUUAAGGAGUCGAGCUUGAUAUUAAGUGAUGACAUCAUCGAAGCUAUAAUAGACAAGACAUUUGAGGAAGUGGAUACAGAGAGAGAUGGGAAAAUAGACAUGGAAGAAUGGAAAGAGUUUGCGGCGCGGAAACCAUCUUUGUUGAGGAACAUGACAAUUCCUUACUUGAAAGAUUUGUCGACGGCAUUUCCUAGUUUCGAGAUGAGAUCAGAAAGAUGAGAUCAUAUAUAUUGGGUUGAGAUAAAGCAAGGUGAAGGGGCUGCAAAUACUUGGACGAUGAUGCCAAAAACAAGAAGAAAAGAGAGGACGCUGUGAGAGUUUGAAACAUUUUGUUCAAUUCGGUGCGAGAGUUUAAAAUGUAUCCAAUAAUACAACUAUUUUUUUAUAUAA